AUGACUCUCCACGCCCUGCCAAACGAGCUCCUGCUUAACAUAGCAGAGUUCCUGGACUCCCAGAGCAGCAUCAAUGCAUUUGCAAGAAUAAAUCAUCGUUGCAAUAAUCUUUUGAACUCAUUCCUCUACAACUACAAUGUUCAACAUCACUAUGGAGAUGCACUUCAUUGGGCAGCAGCCCAUGGCCAGCUGGAAACAGCCCGGGAAAGCCUCCGACAAGGCGCAAACAUUGAAGCAAUCGACCCCACAACAAACCGUCGCCCAUUAUUCGAAGCUUCCUAUCAAGGCCAUGCAAAUAUCGUCGCACUCCUUGUGGCAAACGGCGCCAACGUCAACGCUACGAAUGGGCGCGGGGGUAUGGAACAAGCCAUCACAAUAGCUGUCUCCCGCAACAGAGAAUGCGUACUUCGUGUACUGCUCGAAAGUGGCAUAGAUCCUAAUCUGGCAACUUCGAAAUCGGGAGAGCAUUUGUUACAUAUUGCGGCAUACCGGAGGGUUCAAAGUCGCCUAGCGGUGACCAAAGUUUUGGUAGAAGCAGGAGCUGAUCUGGAGGCGCUUUCACCCAGCUCGCAAACUGCCUUGCAAAUCGCCUGCCUACACGACCCCGAGGUAGUGAGGUAUCUUAUCGAGAGUGGUGCCAACACAGAUGUACGGCGUCCCGGCGGUAUCACAGUAUUGCACUUAGCAGCCACCCAAGGCAAGAUCAACAUUGUCGAGGUAUUGUGGGACCUGGGCUUUGACAUAAAUACCAAGGAGGAUUCUGGACACAGCGUAUUAUACUCCGCAUGCUCCCACGGCCGAUUGGAAGUGGCGAAGUUCCUGCUAGACAGGGGUGCAAAGAUAAAUUCAAAGACGCUCUCUGGCUUUACGCCGUUAUCUGCGGCGGUGAGUUGGGAGUCCAAUGUGUUUGGGGGUACUGGCGGGGAGCAUGGUGGCAUCACUGCUUUCUUACUGGAGCGAGGUGCUGAUCCAACCAAAGCAAGCCAUACUAGCACGACGCCAUUGCACCUUGCAGUUCGUAGUGAACAUGGGAUGUGCAAGUUGUUGCUCCAGCAUGGCGUUGAUCCCGAGUCCAAGACAAAGACAGGCAUCACUCCGCUCCAUGAAGCAGCAAGGUCGGGCUCUCUUGAGUCGGUAAGGACAUUGCUGGCAGCAAAUGUCAAUAUACAGUCAAAAGACAAAGAUAAGAAUACUCCUCUACACUUCGCAGCGAGGAGGUAUCAUCCAGAGCUUGUUGAAUUACUUCUACAAGCCGGUGCCGAUCCGAUGGCCAAGAACCGUCAUGGCAAGCUGGCUGCAGACGUCGCGAUGGAGGGCAUUAUAGGCCGUUCCAGUGAGAAACGGGCUAAAUUGAGAACAGUCUUGGAUCUCUUGGAAGCCUCUUCCAGCCUGCAACACAAGUAA